AGGGUGUGGUGGGUGUGUGAGGCAGGAGAGUGCCGGACGGAUGGUAGGCCAGCGAGCCACCAGGAUGGAGCCAGGACGGGGGAAGGAGCAGGGUUGGGGGUGACGGACGGGGUCGCCAGGAUGGAGUUCCGCCAUCGGCUCUGCGGCGGUGGCGGGGCAGGAUGGGGGGAGGAUGGUUGCAGAGAAACGGAGAGAGGUACGGACAGGGAGAAGGGCGUGAGCAUCGAGAGGCACGGCUCCAGAUAUGGGCUGAAAAGACACGACAACGUAGCCAGGACGACGAGACAAAGGCCAGCACGGGAGAGUCCAAGCGGAUCCAACGACACCUGAGGAGAAACACACAGUGCAGCCAUGUCGAACACCGUGACCGUGGUGAACAACGGCGAAGGAGGAAGAAGCGGCGGGUUCGAGAGUUCGAUCCAGACGCCGGCGACAGAGUCGGGGUUGCUGAACAGGGCUUCCGACAGGGACGCCGUGGCAUCGUCGCAGACAUCUGCGACGUCUGCGACGACGCUGCUGUCGUCGGACGCAGACGACGGCAAGAAGCAGAGCAGCAGCAGCAAGGUCAAGGCGAACAGCAAGAGCAGCAGUAGCAACAACGAGAUCAGCGUCGGUGAGAUGAACUAUCCCAACAGCGGUGGGAGUGCGGCAGACGAACCGCACGAACACGGGGAGGGUAGCGGAGACGCCAGCGGAGUGAGCGUGGGCAUCAAGCAGGAAGACGUGCCCGACAACGACAAGAUCAAGGACAAGAAGGGCCGGUCGACGUCGUGCUUUCUGUGCCAGAAGCGGAAGCAGAAGUGUGACCAGCGGUUCCCGAGCUGCACCAAUUGCUUGAAAUCGAAGUUCCAGUGCAUCCAGCCGCCCCGGUACGGAGAAAACAACAAUACCUCGGGCAAGAGCAACGACUACACGAAGUUCUUGGAGAAAAAAAUCAAGCAGUUGGAGAAGCUGCUGGACCUGAAGGCCAAGAACAAGCUCAACGACAUGAAGAACAACAGGACAAAACGCAUCACCCUCAACGACGAAAAGAUCCUCAAGUACAAGAAGAUCUCGCCCUACAUCGACGGCGAGGAGGGCGGCAGCUGCGACGCCGGCGCCGGCGGGAGAGGCAGAUCGAAUUCGUCCUCGGUUUCCUCAACCUCGGACACGGACGACUACAACAGCGACGUCUCCCUCAUCAACCAGCCCUACGCGACCUUCAUGAGCAUUAACGCUUCCGCGUUCAAAAACUCGGUGCUCAAGAACUACAACUUGAACGACUUCAUCAAAUUCGACCCCAUCCUCAACAUCGACCAGAAGUUCUCGAAGAACUUGAUCGGCCUAUACUUCAGGAUGCUCCAGUACAAAUUCCCGCUCCUAAACGAACGUGAGAUCUUUGAGUUCAGCGAGUCCUACUACGAAAACAAAAAACAACAGCAACCCCUUUCUGACGAGGAGUUCAACGUCUACCACUUCAAGUGUUCAAGAAUGUUCUUUAUCUACGCAAUAUCAGCUUUACUAUAUAAAUCAACGGGUAAGUAUAAAGGUCCAAACCCUUUCAAUUUUUUCUCCACGGCCUUGAGACACCUCAUCCUACUAUCGAAUAACGUCGAGGCGUUCAACAAGAUCGAGUUGUUGAUCUUGAUCAGCUUCUUCCUCAUCAGAGCAGACAAAAACUCCAACAACUUGUAUUUGAUCAUCUCCGACGCAAUGCAAUGCUGCAUGCACCUUUCCUUGCACAAAUCGAAAUCUUACGAGAACAUAGACUCUAACUUGAAAGACUUGAAAAUGAGGAAGUUCUGGUGCUGCUACAUCUUGGAGAGGUCGAUCUUAAUCUCUAUCUCGAAACCGUUUAUCUUACAUGAACGACGGGUGGACUCGAAGAUCCCCCUUUUUAAUUAUGAACCUUCUCAGGCUUUCAAUCCGAAUAACGGCAAGAUUUUCUUCAUCAACCAGUCGAUCAAAAUCAAAAGGUUGGAAUCGAGAUUUAUUGAAGAACUUUCGAUCGUAACUGCCAGCUCAAAAUCGAUCAACAAAAACCAGUUGGUCAAGGUGGAGAGAUUCUUCCAGGAAUUGCAGAAUUGGAGAAAUGAAUGUCAAGGUUUCAACAACAAUGGUAUUGAAAAUCAAACUCUAUUGUUCUACUACUAUAAAUCUAUCAGACAUUUGAUUCAGCCCUAUUUGGAACUACUAGAUCCAAAUGAUAAGCUCUUCAAGGAGUGUCAGGCGGCUGCAGGGCAAAUUUGCCAAUCGAUUAAAAAUUACCACGCUAAAACCUUUUAUGGAUUUUCCAUUUUGAAUAUUCAUUUGGUUUUCAUUGCAGGAAUUACUCUAAUUUAUUGUUUAUGGCUUCAGAGAAAUAGAGAUGACAUGAGAAGGAAACUACUGGGUGAUGACAAAAAGCAUACCCGGCCAACAGUUUCCGAAGAUUUGUUCAGAGGGUUGGAUGAUUUGCGUGCUUGCUCGAUCUCCCUCUAUGUCAUGAGCGAAAGAACAAAGUUUGCACUAAGUUUUAGAGACACUUUUGAAGAAAUCAUGAACGCAACAAUUGGAAACUUAAUCUUAAGAUGUGGUCCAGACUCUUCAGAGAUUCUAUACCGUGGUAUAGGGUUACCACCUGCAAUUUUCCGUAAACCUUUAAAGCAUUUCCAGAUUGAAUCCAACUACAUUGAAAAAUCAGAUGCUGAUAAAUUAGAAGAUGAGGAACGACAAAAAAGAAAGGGCCACUUGACCAGAUCCGCCAUACCCAAGGGGUUGAGUCAUUUACUCUUGCACCCUCCUGGACUUGAGGAUUAUGACCAAAAGGAUAAUGAGAAAGACAGGGAGAGAGAAAAUCAAAUGCGAAAGGUACAGCAAGAUUUAGAAAAAGAGAGAAAGAGAGAAAGUGAAUCCAAGGAGCGGGAACAGGAAAGAUUAAGGCAAGGAGAAACUCAACGUGAACAAGAAAAGGAAAAGGAGAAUGAAAAAGAACAGGAACGAGAAUUUUUUAGAGCAGAGCAAGAUAGAAGUGACCUUAAUAAUAGAAUCUUACCCCUUCCUAUCAAACUGCCCCAGCUCCAGCCUCAAACAAGACUGACCUCUUCUUUAAAUUCAAAAUCUUUCGACAAUGAAAUCAGAUUAGCUAGUGGUAAUCCUUAUGCAAUGAACAAUUUAUCACUGAAAAGAAAGUAUUCUAAAUGUGACUCCGAAACAGACUCUGUUGUAUCUUCCCUGCCUUCUAAUGUUUUGUCACCACUUGUGGGCUCAACUUUCAAGUCUAGUCUGAAUACGCCGGCACUGAUGAGUUCUUCUUUGAAUACCGCUGUGUCGAAUUCGGCAACUGCCCCAAAUAACGAGUUAUCUUCUACCAGCACAAUGUCAGAUAAGUUCAGAUACCUGAGGUCUCCUCUGAACCCAAAUUCUCCAAACAUUGUCAACAACACGGCCGCCGCUACUAUAACUUCUUCUUCUUCACCCGACACCAGUUCUCCGAUGAGUACAAAUGUCAUGAGCGAUAACCUUGUGAUGCAGAACACGAUUCCUGAUCUGAUUCCAUUUGUGGGAGGCACAACAAACAUGAUUAGUAACAUUUCUACGUGGACGGAACAAAGUGGACAACAGGUACCCCAAACGGGAUUGACAAUGCUCCAGUAUGACAGCCAUCCAAACCCGAAUGAAAUGAGCUUUAGUCAUAACAUGUCCCCAGCAAAUCUGGGGCAAAAUCACAAUAACCAUUCUCACAACCUGGCUCAUCCUCACCAUCUCAACAACAAUAAUAAUUACCCUCAGAGUCAUCUUCCUAACAGUACAAAUAGUAUGAGUGGCUAUCAGAGCAUGGGAGUACAUCUGGAUGGUAGCCAUAACGGCAAUGGCUACGGGGUGUACAAUAAUACAAAUAAUAACAAUAACAGCAACGGUGAUACUUAUAAUCAAAAUACCGCUAACGGUAGUGCCGCAAAUAGAAAUAAUGGAAACGGUAUGGACAGCAACAAGUCUUAUCCACCACAGUAUCCAUCUCAACCGAAUAAUGGCAUGACGGAAACCUUCAACAGCUUGUUUGAUGUAGUAGGGAAUGACGAUUUUUGGGGACUUAAUAAUGAUUUAGGGUUUUUACCAUGACCUGGUGUAGUCAUAUAUAUACGCGUGUGUUAAAUAUUUAGAUACAGAAAUGCAAACUUGCGUACAGGACAUAUAGACUCCAUAAUUCUUGCUGAGUCCUAAUCAUUUUCACCAGCUAUUGACCUCCUUGACAAUCCAUUUGACUCCCUCCACAAUUACAGAAUCAUCAACUUUCAAACCUCGCUUGAGGUCUAAAAGUUUGGGAAAUUUGUCUAUUUGACCACCGUAAGUGAUAAGGGGAUGUGUCUCGUCGCAAAAGCGUACAACACCUAAAGAGUCUGUCUUGUUUGUGACGCUUUUAUCCCAGAUCACACCUUGUACCCACUUAUCCAACACAAUGAAGCGGCCGAUGACCGCAUCCGUUUUGAGUUCAUUAUCAGUAAUUCCACCGUCUUUUGUAUCUAGCACUAUGCAUCUCAACUUCGAUUUAUAGUCACCAAUAAAUUUGAGCUCUGGUGUAUGUUCUGAGUUACAGGUGACCCAUUUCUCC